AUGCCCCGACGAGAAGCUUCUCCCGCUCCAUCGGAGCCGGAGCUUGAUAUCCUGGGUUCUCUGUACCCCGGGGGAGAUGACAAUGGCGGCCCUGAUUUUUCCGCAAACAAGGAUUUGGAUUUUGGUGAUAUUCUCGAUGCUCCUCGGCUGGAGGACGAUGGGGAUGAGGCCUUUAUCGCCCUGCAGCAAGCGGCGGCCAACCGAAAGACCACCAACCUGAAAGGUCGGACGGUGAAGAAGGGGGGCGGCUUUCAGGCCAUGGGACUCAACGCGAACUUGCUCAAAGCCAUCACGCGAAAAGGGUUUUCGGUUCCGACACCUAUCCAAAGAAAAACCAUACCUUUGGUCCUUGACAGAAAAGAUGUCGUAGGCAUGGCCAGAACGGGUUCCGGAAAGACGGCAGCAUUUGUCAUUCCGAUGAUUGAGAAGCUGCGAGCCCACAGUGCUCGAUUCGGCAGCCGAGCCCUCAUCCUAUCUCCCUCUCGAGAACUAGCGAUCCAAACGCUCAAGGUUGUAAAGGAGUUUUCUCGAGGAACCGACCUCAAAGCGGUGCUCCUUGUGGGUGGUGACAGCUUGGAGGAGCAGUUCGGAUCCAUGUCUUCGAACCCCGACAUCGUCAUCGCCACACCUGGUCGGUUUCUGCAUCUCAAGGUUGAGAUGAACUUGGAUCUCUCAUCAAUCAAAUAUGUCGUCUUUGACGAAGCAGAUCGACUCUUUGAAAUGGGAUUUGCCGCGCAGCUGACCGAAAUCCUACACGCCCUACCGCCGUCGAGACAGACGCUCCUGUUCUCCGCCACCCUCCCCGAGUCGUUGUACGAGUUUGCGCGCGCCGGUCUUCAAGAUCCUGAGCUUGUUCGCCUAGACGUCGAGACCAAGGUGUCCCCCGACUUGGAGAGUGCUUUCUUUUCCGUCAAGGGUGCUGAGAAAGAAGGCUCCCUGCUACAUAUCCUACACGACGUCAUCAAGGUCCCCAUUGGCUCUCCGAUGGAAGGCCAACAGGACGCUGAAAAGGGGUCAAAGAAACGGAAACGCGGACCUGACUCUGCCGGCGGAAAGCCUACGGAGUACUCUACCAUCAUCUUCACAGCUACGAAACACCACGUGGAGUACCUGGCCAACCUGUUGCAGCAUGCCGGGUUUGCUGUGUCAUAUGUCUACGGUGCACUCGAUCAACUUGCACGUCGCAUCCAGGUUGAGGACUUCAGGGGAGGCAAGACGCAUAUCCUGGUCGUCACGGAUGUUGCCGCAAGAGGUAUCGACAUCCCGAUUCUGGCCAACGUCAUCAACUUCGACUUUCCUCCCCAGCCCAAGGUAUUUGUCCACCGCGUUGGUCGAACAGCUCGAGCGGGCAAAAGGGGCUGGAGUUAUAGUCUCGUCAAGGAUGUCGACGCACCCUACCUUCUCGAUUUGCAAUUGUUUCUGGGAAGGGGCUUGUCCGUCGGUCAAGAAGGUCCUGAACCCUCUUUCGCUACCGACGUUGUGGUAGGAGCUCUCAAGAGAGAUUCUGUGGAAUCUUAUGUGGAGUGGAUGAACAAGACGCUUGGUGAUAGCGAAGACAUCGACGCUCUGCGAAAGGUCGCCGCGAAGGCUGAGAAGCUGUACAUGAAGACGCGAAACUCGGCCUCUAGCCAAAGCGCAAAGCGUUCCCGAGAGAUUGUGGCCUCGGAUGCAUGGAUGCAACUGCACCGUCUCUUUGGCCAAGAUGUUGAUGGUACCGAGCGCGCCCGUGCCGCCAUGCUGGCGCGAAUCAGUGGCUAUAAACCUUCCGAAACGAUUUUCGAGGUUGGCCAUGCUGACAAGUCGACAUCGGAAGCUGCAGAGGUUAUGAAACACAUUCGAAAGAGGAUCACCCCGAGGAACAGGCAGGUCAAGGCCGAUGAGGAGGAGAAGCGAAUGGAAGAAUCUGGCGGCAUGCAUGAUGGAGAAGACAUCAUGGUGGAUGCCAACGAAUCAGCAGAUGAAGACGAUGACGACGAGAUGGAAGUGACAGUCUCCAACACGGGCCGAAAAAGCAAGAACGAGACCAACUGGCAAGAUCCGGAGCUGUUCAUGUCAUACACGCCGAGGAACACCAAUGCUGCGGAAGAACGAGGCUACGGCGUGCACUCCGGUGGCGGUUCCAACUUCGUCGAGGCCGCUCGUGACGCCACGAUGGAUCUGACCAACGACGACUCCGCCAAGUCGUUUGGUAUGCCCUCCCGACAAAAGAUGCGCUGGGACAAAAAGUCCAAGAAUUACGUGUCUCGCGACAAUGAUGACGACGGCUCCAAGGGCGCCAAGAUGGUUGUCGGCGAGAGCGGCGUCAAGAUAGCCGCCUCCUUCAAGAGCGGCCGUUUCGACAAGUGGAGGCGCGCCCAGCGACUUGGUCGCCUGCCGCAGAUCGGCGAGGCGGAACGGCCAGGCGCUUCCAGGGGAAUUCCUUCUGGUCAACGCUACAAGCACAACCAGGAGAAGGCGCCGAGGGAGGCGGACAAGUACAGAGACGACUUCCACGUGCGGAAAAAGCGAGUCGCCGAGGCGAGAGAGAAGCGCAUGGGCAGGUUCCGGGAUGGCAUGGGCAGCAAGAAGGAACUAAAGGGCAUGGACGAUAUGCGCAAAGGCAGAGAGGAAAAGGAAAAGAAGAUGGCCAAGAACGCGAGGCCAGCGCGGAAGAAGUAA